AAUUGUCGGUCUAGAACAGAAGCCACAAACUUCAUCCCCGAGGAUGCCGACGACGGAUUGAAUCGUUUCCAGGAUAAGAAACUGCGUUCGACAUGGCUUAGAAAUGCCUUGGAAACCACUUGUUGUGGUUGUUGUUCUUUUUCCUCCGGUUGCAAACCCUGUUGGAUUCGUUCUCUUCGUCGUUUUUCCACAGCGACAUUCUUUUUGGCAUCUUUUUUACUCAAGACUUGCCAUGGUGGGGCUCGGUGUUGGCGGCCCUGGGUAUUGUUGUUGUUGUUGUUGGUAUCGGAUGCAGCUGCAGAUGAUUUCUUUGGAGGGUUGGCUUCUUUGCUCUUGGACUUGGUGGGUGCAGUGCCCUUGCUGUUCUUUUUCUUAUUGUUAUUACUGUUGCCGCUGCCAGCAUUGGAUCUCCGCUUGGCUGCCAACAGUUGCGAGGACGAUGAACUCUUGUGAAAGAAUAAUGGUGGAGGAACUUGCUGGAUUUGGUGUGGGUAUAGUUUAUUUGUGUAUUGAUUGUGGUAGCGAUUGGGCAGUGCAGGCAAUGGCUGAAAGCCCCAACAUUGGUUUGCAGUGAGCAAAAAUCCAAUAGUUGCUAGAGACAGCGCCAUUUUCCUCAUCUUCCACUCGUUAUCUCAAUAGGUUGUGCGAUCUUGGUGUGAUGCUUCCAAAGGAAUUCGAUGGCCAGCACAUGGAUUUGGCAUCACUUCCAUGGCAGCUACACGUGGAAUGCACGAAAAUACGUCAGUGACGAAAGCGCUCGGAUCCCCAAAAUCACAAUCGGUUUCUCAUGCAGAGAUUCUAGCUAUUUUCCACCACGAUUAUACCUUGUUGGUACAUUCUUAAAACAACCGUCUAUUACCAUCAACAAUACAAUAGGAAGUAACAAUGAGCAAGGUUUUGUUUGGUGCUUUGGCGCUUGCCAUCUUGGGAUCUGUCCCAUCAUCCAGAGCUUUUUCGGUUCUUCCGCAAAAAUCGACCACCACCACCUGGAUUCCCGGUCUUCUGCGAGAUUCUUCCACAGUCCGGUUCCUGGCUGCAGAGGAGGACGAAGGAGAAAAAACUAGUAGCGUCAAGGAACUGGAACCAGACAGUCAUGAAGAGCUCAUGUAUGCCUUGGGAGUCAACUUGGCAAGACAAUUGGGGGAUGUUCGACCACUGGUGGAAAAUGGAGAAGAAUUAGCCCAAGUGGCCAAAGGAUUGUUGGAUUGUGUGGUCGGUAGAAUGGAUGAAUCACAACAACAGGCACUCCUAUCCAAACGAGGGAAAGAACUCAAUGGACUCAUCACGGAACGGGCCAACAGAAUAAAGGACAAACUCGAACAAGCUGGAAGAGACAUGCUAGCUCAAAUGGAGAAAAAGGAGGGAAUCAUCAAACUAGAUUCAGGGGUCCGAGUCGAUAUUCUAGACCACGGUCCCGAUGGACCAGGAAGUGGACAACGGCCCACACAAGCCAGUACGGUCAAGGUGCAUUAUCACGGCACAUUGGCGGAUGGCACCAUUUUUGACUCGACGCUUGGUGAGGAUCCAGUAACAUUUCCAUUGAAUGGGGUUGUCCCUGGAUGGAGAGAAGGUGUCUUGAAAAUGCACGAGGGAGAAACCGCCAUGAUUGGCAUCCCACCAGAACAAGCCUAUGGCGACGAGGGCACACCUGAUGGACGUAUCCCUGGAGGAUCCACACUCUUUUUCAAGAUUCAAUUGCUGGAAAUUCUAUCUGCGGGAAUUGGAGGUGGACCCACAUUGCUGGGUGCGGAUGGACAAAGUAUCAAAAAAGGAGGAGGAGGAGGACUGCUAGGUGCGGAUGGAAAGCCACUGGCAUAGACAACAACACCAACAGCCAACAGCAAAAGGACGGCAAUGAAACCCAACAAUC